AUGCGAUCUCAAGCUGCACGAGCUGCUUCGCGUAUAUUGCGAGCCCCGCGAGGGAGCCUCUUGCCCACCGCACCGCACCGGGCUCUCUCCGCGCAAUGGAGAACCGCAUCGCUACAUACCGGGACACGGAAGUCUGCAGCUGCAGAGUCAGCGCAGAGAGACUCGUCGAACCCGGCGAUGUCAUUCCCGUGUCUCGAUGCCCAAGAAGCGAAAUCAGCACAGCUGUCCGCCCGGUCGCUACGAUCCGGCCCCGAACCCUCAUACACCACCGGCCAACACGAAUCAUACCACUGCGAACAGCCACUCCUGCUCGACUGGGGCGGCGUGCUCAAUGAAUUCGACGUCGCAUAUGAAUCAUGGGGAGAAUUGAAUGCCGAUAAGAGCAAUGCUAUUCUCCUACAUACCGGCUUGUCGGCCUCCAGCCACGCCCACAGCACAGCAUCCAACCCCAAGCCCGGCUGGUGGGAGAAGUUCAUCGGUCCCGGCCUGCCUCUGGACACCAAUAAAUAUCACAUUAUCUGCACAAAUGUACUGGGCGGAUGUUACGGCAGCACAGGCCCAUCCUCCGUCGACCCCUCCGACGGAAAGCGCUAUGCGACCCGUUUCCCAAUCCUAACUCUAGACGACAUGGUGCGCGCUCAGUUCCGCCUCCUCGACGGACUGGGUAUCAAGAAACUAGCUGCCUCUGUCGGAUCCAGUAUGGGCGGUAUGCAAAGUCUGGCAGCUGGCGUGCUGUUCCCAGAGCGCGUGGGCAAAAUCGUCAGCAUCAGUGGCUGCGCCCGCAGUCACCCCUACAGUAUUGCGAUGCGUCACACCCAGCGCCAGGUCCUGAUGAUGGACCCCAACUGGGCACGUGGGUUCUACUACGAUGCUAUCCCACCACACUCGGGUAUGAAGCUUGCGCGUGAGAUCGCCACCGUCACGUACCGCAGUGGUCCGGAGUGGGAAAUGCGCUUUGGACGUCAGCGCGCAGAUCCCAGUAAGCAGCCUGCUCUUUGCCCUGACUUCCUUAUUGAGACGUAUCUCGACCAUGCGGGUGAGAAGUUCUGUCUCGAGUAUGACCCUAACAGUCUGCUCUAUGUGUCCAAGGCUAUGGACCUGUUUGAUCUUGGUCAUGCGCAUCAGACUGAGACUUUGAAGCGUCGUGCGGAAUCUGAGGACCGCAUUGCUCAUGGCGAGGUUGCUUCUGGCGCUUCUGAGUCUUGCAGUCUGACCCUGCCUGAUCAGCCAUACGAGGAACAGCCCGGUUCUACCUCCAAUGCGACGCCGCUGGACGAGUCUGUUGCAACCGAGGGUACAGAGGGACCUCCUCGUGAUCUUGUUGCUGGUCUUGCACCGCUCAAGAACCACCCUGUGCUUGUCAUGGGCGUUGCCAGUGAUAUCCUCUUCCCCGCGUGGCAGCAGCGUGAGAUCGCUGAGACACUCCGUGCCGGCGGCAACAACAAUGUGAAGCAUGUUGAGCUCGGCGACGAUGUGUCAUUGUUUGGCCAUGACACGUUCCUGCUGGAUCUCAAGAACAUCGGAGGUGCGCUGGGCAAGUUCCUUGACUAG